AUGAAUAUCGAAUCAUUAGCAAAUGAAAUUUUACUUUAUCUGUUCGAUUAUUUUGAUGGUAUCGAUCUUUUUCAUACAUUCUAUGGACUCAAUACUCGUUUCAAUUUACUUAUCUGUAAACAAUAUUCAUUACAUUGCUUUACAUUUUGCGGUAUAAAGAAAAGUCAAUUUGAUGAAUUAUGUCAACAACAUAUUCCACGUCUUACCAAUCGAGUUUAUGGUCUUAGCUGUGCUGAAGAUAAUUGCAAUCCUGGACAAAUGGAUUUAUUGUUUACUUAUAUUCCAUCAUUUGAACAAUUUAGUGGAUUACGAUCAUUAUCAUUACAAAAUAUAACUUCGUCUGAAACACUAAUAAAAGUUAUUCAAGAAUUAUCAUAUUUGUUAAAUCUCAUGCAUUUAACCAUUAAUUGUUAUUCUGCCCGAAAAUAUGUCAUCAAUUUUCAACUGAUGAAUGAUACUAUUUGGAGUUUGCCAAAACUUCGUAUUUGUUCUUUACAUAUUUUCGCUAUGGGAUCAAGAAACUUUUGUAUUCCAACAAAAAUAUCAGCCAGUCUUCAAUCAGUCAAAAUGACAUCAUUUCAACUUGAUAUUAAUCAGAUAGAUCAAUUAAUGAAAAACACUCCUCAUUUGAAACAUCUAUCAAUUUAUACUGAGAUUUCCAGUGCUAUGAAUGAUGAUUACAACUUACCCUCUCUUUCGACUUUAAUCAAUUUAGAUAUGCUUGUGUUGCAUACAUUUGAUUUAUCGAAAAUGGUUUUAUUCUUGAAAAACCUAUCUGAUCUACGUCAUUUAAAUAUUAGAUUUAGUAAUAAUAUGAUUAAUGGUUAUGAAUGGGAACAAAUCAUUCGUAAUUAUCUUUUCAAACUAAAAAUCUUUGAACUUGAUAUGCACGAUGAUAUUCCGACAAAUCAAAAUAUUGAGGAUUACAUCAAUCAAUUAUUGGAUUCGUUUCAAAGUUCAUUUUGGAUUAAUGAACAUCAAUGGUUCAUUCAUUCAUAUAUAGUUGAUAGAACUAUUCGUUUGUUUACAUCAUCAAAAUUUCCUUCUUAUUAUCCUGAUCAAAAACUUCCUCGUAUAUGGAAAUCAACAGAUCCUUUAUCGUAG